CCCUGCCGCCUGCAGAGCUUCCUUUACAGUUCAGCCUCUUCACCAGAGCUGCGCGGGGAAUCGCCGGGGGCUUCUCGGCACCUGGGCACCGGGGCUCACGCCCUCCCACCGCCUCCACUCGAGCCCGCCCACCAUGAAGUCUCCCUUCUAUCCAUGUCAGAACACCACCUCGGUGGAGAAAGGCAACUCAGCGACGAUGGGCGGGGUACUGUUUAGUGCGGGCCUCCUGGGCAACCUGCUGGCCCUGGGGCUGCUGGCGCGCUCAGGGCUAGGGUCUUGCCGACCGCGCCCGCCGCGCCCGCCGCCCUCGGUAUUCUACGUGCUGGUGUGCGGCCUGACCAUCACCGACUUGCUGGGCAAGUGCCUGAUAAGCCCGGUGGUUCUGGCUGCCUAUGCGCAAAAUCGGAGCCUCCGAGGGCUAAUGCCUGCGUCCGGUGACGAGUCACUGUGCCAAACCUUCGCUUUCUUCAUGUCUUUCUUUGGGCUCGCAUCGACGUUACAGCUCCUGGCCAUGGCUCUGGAGUGCUGGCUUUCCCUGGGGCACCCCUUCUUCUACCAAAGGCACAUCACCCUACGCCGGGGCGUACUCGUGGCUCCGGUGGUGGGUGCAUUCUGCCUGGCUUUCUGCGCACUGCCCUUAAUGGGUUUCGGGAAGUUCAUUCAGUACUGCCCAGGCACCUGGUGCUUCAUCCGGAUGGUCCGCGAUGACUCGAUCUGGGUGGUGGUCUACUCUGUUCUCUACUCCACGCUCAUGGCGCUGGUGGUUCUUGCCAUCGUUCUGUGCAACCUUGGGGCGAUGCGCAACCUUUACACUAUGCACCAGCGACUGAGACGACACACGCGCUGUGGACUCAGGGACAUCGCGGAGCCAGGCGCGGGAAAGAAGGUGGCAUCCUCACAUCCCUUGGAGGAGCUGGAUCACCUCCUGCUGCUGGCCCUCAUGACAGUGCUCUUCACUAUGUGCUCUGUGCCUUUAAUUUAUCGUUCCUACUAUGGAGCUGUCCAGGAUGCCACUGAAGAAUCGGACGAUCUUCUAGCCUUGCGUUUCCUGUCUGUGAUUUCAAUUGUGGACCCAUGGAUUUUCAUCAUAUUCAGAACUUCAGUAUUUCGAAUGUUUUUCCACAAGAUUUUCAUAAGACCUCUUAUGUAUAGAAACUGGCAGAGCCAUUCCUAUCAAACUAAUGUGGAAUCCAGUUUGUGAUAGAAGCUUACAAUAUCUGGUCUUUGUCUUCACGAGGAGGUAGGCAGGAGUCAGAGCAUGAAGUUUUGCAUGCCAAGGUUGAAGAAUUGAGACUUUUACUUGACAACAAUCAGGAGACACAGACCAGCAGGGGAGGAUCAUGAUCAGAUCUUUUGGGAAUGAUUCCUUGAGCCACAUGUAGAAAAUUUUACAGAAAUGAAAAGGACCGAAGACUGAAACCCAUUGGCAACCUAACCUUCAGUAACUCAGGUCACCAGAUCUAAGAGAAUGGCAGUGGGGAUAAAGAUAAGAGAUUCAAAAAGUGUUUAGAAAGAGUCAUCAAGAGGAUUUGGUGAUAAAUUUGAUGUGGAGGGCAAGAGGGAAGAGACAAAGAUGACUCCAGGUUUCAGUCCUGUGCAGCUGCGUGGGCCACAAUGCCACUCACUGUGGUGGAAAGCAAUGGAUGAGAAGCCAGAGUGAGGGUGAAGUGGCAUCCUGCCUUGGUAAAUGCCAUCUUCCACCAUGCCUUAUCCUAACAGGAAUACAAAGGACCCCACUGCCAGUGAACGCACUUUCUCCUCCAGAAGGCAAGAGCACACAUUUUCUAUUUAAAAUCACUGACAUUUCCUCUUCUUUCUUCAACAACUUCCUCCAGUUCUGCCACGGGAUUUCCUCCCACCUGCAUCUGUGUCCACAUAUGCUGGCAUCCAUCCAAUCUCAGUGGAAGAAAUGUACCUCCUCUUUAUGGUACCUCUCUUCUUGAGCCCUAAGUUCUUCUUGCAAAUUCUCAGGGAGUUUGUACCAUUACUGAUUUUUGUCCAGAAGGGAAAAAAAAUCAUCUUUUUCUUCCUUUUUGUGGGCUGGUUUCCUCCUAUAUGUUAUUACCCAUCUCAGGAAGCAAACUCCCAGCUCUUCAAAGUCAUCAGUAUUGUCUUUAUUCCAGUCUUUACUUUCUCAUCUUAGGCUCCCUCCCUAUUCUGUCCUCUAGCUCCUCUCUACUUUCUCAUAGUAGUGAGGUUCUUUUCCUCACUACUCUACCACAAGAGCUGUCAGCAAGGUCACCGACAUAGGUAUAUCCUGUAAAAGGUGGGGCGAUUUAUCUGCACCAUCUUCCAGCAGCAAUGGUCCAUAACUCCCUCCUCAUUCAGACCACACUACCUGGUGAAUGUUUUCCCGAUGCCAGCCACAGUUCUAAUCCUUGGGGACACAUCAGUGAAUUAAAAAGACAAAGAUCCCUGCCUUUUAUGAACCUAAAUUCUAGCAGGGGGAACAGUUAACAAGCAAAAAUCAAUAAUUAAAUUCUGUGUUACGUUAGAUGGCAGUAAGGGCCAUGGAGAAGGGAAAAGGUACACACAUAUAGUAAUAGCUUUGGGGAAUUCCCUUUUCAACACAUAGUUAUCACUAUAACAACACCCUAUAUGACAAUAUUGACAAUGAAAUUAAAUUAUAGAAGAGUCUAUAGCCCCACAUAAUAAAAAUCAAUCAUAUUUCAUUUGCUGUCUUUCUUUGUAAAUUAUUUUAUUUUAUUUAUUCUUAUUAGUUAUAUAUGACAGUAGAAUGCAAUUCAAUUCAUAUUACACAAAUAGAGCACAGUUUUUCAUGUCUCUGGUUGAACACAAAGUAGAAUCACACCAUUCAUGUUUUCAUAUAUGUACUUAGGGUAAUGAUGUCCAUCUCAUUCCACCGUCUUUCCUACCGCUAUACACCUUCCUUCCCCUCCCUCCUCUUUCCCUAUAUAAAGUUUGUCUAGUCCUCCUAUGCUUUCCACACAUUAUGAAUCAGCAUCCUUAUAUCAGAGAAGAUGUUUGGCAUUUGGUUUUUUGGGAUUGGCUUAGUUCCUUUAGCAUUAUAUUCUCAACUCCAUCCCUUUACCUGCAAAGGCCAUGAUUUUAUUCUCUUUUAAUGCUGAGUAAUAUUCCAUUGUGUAUAUGUACCACAUUUUCUUUAUCAAUUCAUCUAUGGAAGGGUAUCUAGGUUGGGACCACAAUUUAACUAUUGUGAAUGGUGCUGCUAUAAACAUUGAUGUGGCUGUGCCCCUGUUGUAUGCUGUUUUUAAGUUCUUUGGGUAUAAACUGAGGAGAGGGAUCAUUUGCCAUCUUUCUUUCUUUCUUUCCUUUUUUUUUUGAGAGAGAGAGAGAAUUUUAAUAUUUAUUUUUUAGUUUUCAGCGGACACAACAUCUUUGUUUGUAUGUGGUGCUGAGGAUCGAACCCGGGCCACACACAUGCCAGGCGAGCGUACUACUGCUUGAGCCACAUCCACAGCCCAUUUGCUGUCUUUCUUAAGUCAGUUAUCUUCUCCUAAGCUUCCUGCAUUGAUGUGAGGAUACUGGAGAAAAGACUGAAGACAAUAUGAGAACUCAGAAGAAGGGAUGUUGGAGAUUUGAUAUUUUCUAAUUGAUAUUAUUUGUUGGAUUCUGGGAGCAAGCCAUAGAAAAAGGCAUAACCUGACUCCUUUUUCACCCCCUUUGCAAUUAUGCCAAGUGAUAGCUACUAAAUAGCUGUCAAGUGAUUAUUUAAUAGUGAAGAGUAAAUCAGGAACUCAAAGUAGGAUAAAUGAUCCGGGAGUGGAACUUUCUAUGGGUAAUACUUUUUGUUUUAAUCUUAAAAUGAAACUAUUGUGCAACUACAAUAACUAUAAUAAAUAUGGAUUUAUUAGUGAAAAAGGCAGAUCAUUUGCAUAAAUGACUAUAACAAUUUCUCUUUCCCUGGGUGCACACAGCCUCCAUCAAGAGAUUCAGUCUAGGGCUGGGGUCGUGGCUCAGCGGUAGAGCGCUCGCCUAGCACAUGCAAGGUCCUGGGUUUGAUUCUUAGCACUACAUAAAAAUAAAUAAAUAAAAUAAAGGUAUUGUGUCCAACUACAAAUAAAAAUAUAUGCAUAUUUUUUUAAAAAAGAGGUUCAGUCUACUUCCUGGUUUCUUUUAUCUGGCUGGCCUUGGCUCUUACUUCAAUAAAUAGAAUGUGAUGAAAGUGAUGGUGUGAAACUUCCAUA